GUUCUACCUCGAACCGAGCUUUAUAGGGUCUCUUCCGGAAGUCGGAAAAUGCGCCAUAUUCAAACGCCUGAAAUUCUUCCUCAUUUCCUCGGUUAACGAAGUCUCACCGGAAGUUGCAGAGCUCGGCUAGAGAAAGAAACACAUGGCUGCUUCACCUGCAAACCCUGGAAACAAAGCAUUGGAUGUUAAAUCCUUAAUCUCCGCCUAUUCGAGUGGAGCCUGGACAAGACUUCUCAGUUUCGUUCCUUCAUUCAAUUCGAAUUUACUCGCAAAAGUUUUAAAUCUAUAUGCACGAACAUCCCGUUCAAGAUAUCGGAGGCGGAGAUCGGGCCUUCCUCUUCCAUUGCCAUCAAAGUCGCUAGAAUUGUCUGUGGGCCUUACCAAAGCAUCUAGAAUCUUUGAUGUUUUGGAUGAUAUUUUGGAACACAUCUUGACAAGUUUGCAUCACAUCCAGAAGAAUUUACACUUUUGGCAAUCUAGAGCUGAGGGAUCAGAUUCCCAAAAGGUAUACUUCAUGGUGUUUGAGAGAGGUCCACAGGCAUUUAUUGAUGGAACUUUUCAAUUGAUACGCGGUUGUUUCACAGAGGGGUCUUCUAUACAACAUCUUUGUUAUUCUGCAGCUGCUCAAAUAUCUGAGAGGAUAGCUGUUUUAACUAGCCUAAGAUAUUGCCUUGCUACAUUUCUUGCACAGGUCUAUAUGGAGGUUGACAAAGUUGUGGAGGAUUUGAUCAAGGAUCCAGAGAAGUCAUUGCCCUCAUUAUUGAUGAUCAUUAAUAGCUUAUUUUUGAAACUGGAGGCAUCAGUUAGCCAUCCACAUGGAAUGUCUCAGCAGAGCAAUUCUUCUGUUCCUGUUGAUGGGAGCAACUCAUCUUCUCUACUGUUUGAGAAACUGCCAGAGGUUAACCAGGAUGGGUCCCAGUGGACAGAUUGUGAAAUAAGGGAUGCUAUCAAUUUGAUUUAUCAAAAUCUCCACAAGCUUGAUUCCUACUUAUCUCUCCUUGUUUCAAGAUACCAAAAACCAAGCAGAAUGACAUUAUACUGGUUUCGCUAUACAUGUGGAGCAGUUGGCCUUUCAGUUUGUUCAGUGUGGCUCCUUCGUCAUAGUAGUUUGAUGGGAAGUUCUGACAUUAACAAUUGGAUUGAUGAAGCAAGGAAUUCAACUCUUAGCUUUUGGAAUGAUCAUGUAGAGCAGCCGCUUUUAUCCAUUCGAGAUGAACUAUUUGAGACAUUCAGGAGGAGACACAAAGGUGUAAUGGAGAUUGAAGAAGUGCAGUUAACUGCAAAUUCUCUUCACAGAAUGUUAUUGGCAUUCAGUGAACAAACAAAAGGUCAGAAACUUCCAGAGAAUGCAUCUGAUCAGGAAUUACUGGAAAUAGUUAUGGCCAGGUAUGAGAAGGAGUUAAUGCAUCCAAUUCAAAAUCUUCUUGGGGGAGAGCUUGCUCGUGCUUUGCUUAUUCAGAUUCAGAAGUUAAAACUGGAUAUUGAGACGGCAAUGCUUGAACUUGACCAGAUUCUGAGGGCAAAUGAAAUCAAUUUUGCAAUUCUUGCUGCUUUACCAGCCUUCUUUCUCUCACUUAUAUUUCUCAUGGUAGUGCGUGCAUGGUUGAAACAGGACACUAGGGCUGAAGGCCGAGGAAGGAUUGCUCGGCUCCAAAGGAGGCUACUUAUUGUGGAGGUUGAGAAGAGAAUUAUGCAGUUCCAAACAUGUGUAGAUCAAGGACUGGAGGAAGAUGCUCAAUGCAUGUUGGGAUUGGUUUUAUAUAGUCUGGAUCGCCUAUACAAGGCUGUGGAGCGGCAUGCAAAAGCAACAGGCGAAUGGCUAAGUUUGAGACAGGAUAUCAUUGAUUUGGCAAAGCCCGACUUGCAAACUGCAUAUAAACUCACAGUGACAUCACGCAUAGGACGAGUUUAUGAUUGCUUGCUUCCUUCAUCAAAACUUCAGUAGCAUCUUGUAUUAUUUCCCCUUAUGUUUUCUUUGUUUUUGUGAGGCUAAAACUUGAUUUUGGGAGAGCAUUGAGUCAUUUUUACCCUAAUGAAAGGGCAAAUUGCCCAUUAUCUUGGCAUCUAUUCUCUGUAGCAAAGAUCACUUGUAGGUGGUUAUCGGUGAUAGGGAGAAUUUGUUCAGAACAUAUCCAGCAUCAUCUCCUCUGGUUGAACUGUUGAAGCAGAAAUGCUGGUGGUAUGGAAGCCUACCUGUCAGAAUGCCAGUCGCAGUUUGUAACUAAGCUAUGCUGUGCUACUAUAGAUGUUUCUUGUGUCUGGAGCUAUUUGUAUAUUCGCAGAAUGGAAAGUGAAUGAGCAAUGAUCAAUUUCAUUUCAAUAUAAAAUUUUUAUUAUAUUUA